GCCGUCGAGUCUACGAAGCAUCUGUGGAGUGUUUGUAGACCUACGGUGCAUUCUACGCAAUGUUCUUAGAUUCGGCGGAACGCGGAUUUUGAGGUAAUUCAAUUUUGCAGUCGGCCCCUUAUUCGCACAAGGUACCGAUGCCGCUGGCCAGCGCUUGGCCGUCCUCUUUCGCCAGGCUGCCUUGUCAUCGGUGCCUUUCCCAUCGCCUGCCUUCUGGCCGUGGGGUCGGCGUCGGCGGCCCGCGUUGUCGGUGGGUCCGUACUGACGCUGCAAGCGCUCGCUCCCACGGCCUGCCCAAGAACGGCACCGACCCCGCUACCCUCGCCUCGUUUCCGCUGUGUUUGGCUUUCUGGGAGGCUCUCGUCGUCAUUGCUGGAUUCUCCUCGUAAGUUUGGUCGGAGCGCACCCCGGGCGGGGCCCGGGGAGCAGCGGUGUCGGUGUCUUCGGGUCACAUCUUGGGCCCAGAAUCGGUGCACCUGCCUCCCUGGCCAAGCCAGGAGGGUAUGUACGCGGUCGAAUGCCAUCCUAAUCUGGCAUGCAUAGUCCCAUUCUUCUUCUGAAUUCGGCUCAAUCGGGCUCAAUCCUGGGCUCAAUCCAUGCGGGCCUCCAGGCGGGGCUGGGCGCGAGUGAGCAGAUUUCUACACCACCCCUGACGUUGGCGUACUGCUGUGCAUACGCUCAUGCACGUGAUCUGCAACCGAUGUGCCGUCUAGGCACGGUUCCUGACUGACUGGCCUUUUCAUCGGGUCUGACAUCUUUUGUUGUUAUUGCGAAUACCUUCCAGGAGUUGUUUCCCAACGGGAAACAGGAAAGGCCUGGCCAGGAUCGGCGAGGUGGGCAGCUGACGCCCCCUGGCGCAUAAUGAUGGUCGAGUCGCGGCGUCGCAACCUCGCGCUGGCCUCCCAGGGAGCGCAGCUCGUCGGGGAGCUGGGCAGAUGCGACGUGCAAGCGAGCAAGCCGCUGCUGCGCUACGACGUCGCCUUCCCUGAGUGGCCCGAGGACCUGGCGAGCGAUCAGGUCGCAGGCGUGCCAGGUCAGUGCGAGGGCGUCCGUGAUCUGCCACAGGCCCUGCCGGUGAGCUUCGGGUCGGCCGCGGAGUUUCAGGAACACUUGAAGUCCGUCGACGCUGCGUGGGAGGGCGACUGUCGGCAGUCCACGUUCCUGCCGAACCCAGCCGAGGUGGUGAUCAGGCUCCCGGGCGAAGGUAGUUUUGUGGAAAAGGUGGGCUUCACGUAUUCGCCGUGGGACAGGAACUACGGCCGCGUCUGCCAAGUCUGCCUGUCGGCGGACGGCGAGGCGUGGACGAACGCGGGUGAGGUGCAGAUCCCGUACGGCAGCGAGCGCGGCGACCCCAGCAGGGAGAGCACAGCGACCCUCUUCGUGGACGUGCCCGCGGCCAUGCGGGAGGAGCCCUGCAGGUUCGUCCGGCUCGACUUCGACGGCCGGCGAGGCUCUGGGCGCCGGCUCUUCUUCGUGUACGUCUUCGGCUUCUGAGGGCGGGCUGCGCCGAGCGCGGGCGCGGGCGCUGGCCGCCCGGCUCGGCCCGUGACGGGGGCGGACUGGCGGCGAUGGCGCAGGGCGCGUGUGCUGGGGGCGGCGCAGGGGUGGUGGUGAGGACCAGCAGAGGUGAGGAGAUAGUAUGGCCAGGGCCAUGAAUCUCAUGGCUCCCUCUUCUUCUCCUCCGCCUCAUCGUGCGCUGGUGCCGUCACCAGCGCUGGCAUACAGGACUGCGGUCGCUCAAGAGAGCUUUGAUGUGCGAAGGAAAAACGUGAGAGUGCGCGGCUGCAUCAUGGCGUGCUUUGCCCAUCGGGGAGGGCUCUUCAACC